AUGAAGGUAUAUGACAUUCUGGUGCUUUUGCUAUUUGUAUGCCUUCUUUGCGUUGGUGUUGUGCCAGUGACGGCAAUUCACGAGGACGAGCAAGGCCUCCGUGAUUGGAUCCGGCGUUUUGUUGGCCACGUGGAGCACGCCACUUUCCAUCCCGGGCUGAAGCUCAACCACGUCUACGUGACGACAGCGCAGGGAGCUGUUGCAGCCCUGUCACUCAGCGAUGGGGACCUUCAGUGGCGGAAACUUCUCUCCGAGCCGCAGGUGUGUGUGGCGGCGAAUAAACAAGAAAUUGUGGUGUCGUCUCGCACGGGCACGGUGCAUGUCUUCGACGCUGCAACCGGAAAUCUUGCCUCCACCUUCAAGUUGAUGUUGCCAAACGGUGCCAGCGUUGGUGCAUGUGCGACUGCUGGGAAAGUCAUGAAGGUCGCCGCGGUGGACACUUCAAAGGCGUACUUGUAUGAGUUCGAUUCGGCGACAGAUGAGGAGGAGAUCAAGCCCAGAAUCGAGUUCUCCAUUGGGGUCGGUGCGCGCGAGAUUCGCAUCAGCGGCAAUCAUCUAUGGGUGCUGCGACAGACCACUGCUGACCGCUACUCCCUGGAGGGCAAUGUGGAGGUGACAGGUGUGGAGGGUGGAAGUGGCGCUGCUGUCACUGGCAAUGGUGAGGCGGUUAUUUUCACUUCGGCGAAGGUGACUGUGGUGCGGAACCCCCCAAAGGUGGAGGAGGCCAUCAACUGCAACAAGUGUGGUGUUGGCGUGCUUGUCAAUACCGCUGGUGCUUUCGGAGGCCAAGUUACAACACAGACAGAGCAGGACGGCUUCUCAGUCGUAUUCCCCACCUCAACGGUACGUGUUCCGUACCUCCAUGGCGAUAAUGGCACGGCUGCUGCUGCUCCCGUUGUUCUUCUUGCAGUACAGGAUGCUGAGCAUGGUGCCUGUGCACUUGUCCGUGCUGCUAAUGGCCAUCUCCUCGCGGUGGCGGAACGCACCGGUACAAUGUGGGAGCGCAUGGAGGGCCUUGCUCAACUCACCGCCAUGGUAAUUGCUGACAAUCCAUUGCAUGAGGACCACUUUUCAUUCAAUAAAUUGGCAUUGGUGGUCUCCACCUACGGUGUUGUAUAUGCCGUUCCUAUUGCCGACAUGGGACUUAACAUCCGCGUGCUGGCUGAUAUAUCCGGUGUGAUUAUGCAAAAGACGGCCGCUGCUUCUAUGGCAUCCGUGAAGAUCGAGCGGGUACUCUUAUCGGGGGCAAACACCAUUACUGUUGUUGCCUCCUCUGGUAAUUCACAUGUGACCUUGAGUGUCGACACAGCCACAGGCGCUGUGAAGGACACCAAGACGUACACAAAUGCCCUAUUUGUUGCACCAGCAUUUACUGUCAAGCGUUCACUUGAAGUUGAGGGAAGUGCGCCUUCUUCUCAGCAGCAUGUCUUUGCGAUGAACAUGAGCUCCGGCCGCAUUGAAGGGUAUGUGGUGUCCACUUCGUCGAGUGCCACUCCCCUGUGGACGGUGCGCAUGCCUUACCCCUUGGUUGCCUACGCGACGGGUGUGGAUGCUCUUCGCACGACUGUCAUCAACCACCUACGCGUUUUCCCGAACAAGAGUACUAGUACAGACGAGGUGCGCCGCAAGUACCCUACCCGAAAUGUUCUUGUGGUUGCCCACUACGAGCCAUCCGAGGAGGAGUUGACUACGCUAGUCAUCACUACCAUCGACACCAUCACCGGAAGUGUGCUGGGGUCGGUGCGUCACCGCAACGUGGAGGGGAAUGUACACCUCCUUAUCGUGGAGCACGCCGUGUUGUACCACUUUAUGGACGCGGAAAAGAUGCGUCACUGCUUAGGUGUGUGGGAGAUGUUUGAGGAGGAGUCUGGUCCAGUCCUUCGGAAGGAUGCUGGCGCCACCCUGCCGCAGGUGAUCGCGUCCUUUUUCUUUCGCUCCAAAAAAGUUUUCAGCUCACGUGCAACCCGCCCCCCUGCGGUGACAGCAGCUGUGCUCGGCAUUAACGGCGGCGAAGUGGCCACGAUGAGUGUUACGGCAUCGUUUAAUGGCAUUGCGCGCAAGAGUGUUGUGCUCGCCUUCGAGUCUGGCCGUGUUGCCACAGUGGAGCUAAACAGACUGCUCGCGGGUGGCCAGCCCCCGUUGGACGACAAGGGGAACCAGCUGACGCACGUGCUGAUCCCGAGCACUGCCCUCGCCACGCACAAGUACCGCGUCGCCAAACCGAGCCUCAUCACAACGGGCCCGACCAACCUGGAGAGCUCAUGCCAUGUCCUGGUGUCGGGGCUGGACCUCUUCUACGUCCGCGCCUCUUCCGGGAAGGCGUUUGAUCUCCUCAAUAGCGACUUCAACAAGGACCUAUUGAUAAUGCUUACCUGCGGCCUUGGCGUUCUUGCCGUUGUGGCGCGGUACUUUGUCAUGCGGAAAGGACUCAACCUGUUGUGGCGGUAA